AUGGCAGGGGUUUUUUGUGUCUCUCCUUCUCUUUUCUUUGCAGAUCCAACCCACGGGACGGGCAAAUUUGCUGUACGGCUGUACGUUUUGCUAAUCUUAAGCUUGAUACCCUCUACUCUCUUUCCCCUUUGGUACUUUCCGGAUGUGGCGCCGACUGUCUUGUUAUUCGCUGCGCGUCAUUCUUGGGGUGGUUCUCAUGGGAAAAGUGAAGACUUGGCGAUGUCCGAGCGAAUGAGAGGCAUUGUGGAAACGGCCCCCACGUGUCGCUCUCGGGAGGAUGGGAAGUGUGGCUCCCGCGCAUGCGCCGUGCAGCCACAUCUUGCUCCAACGGCCUCUCUCUCAGUCUACCACCCUGCGUCGAAUGCCCUCGCAUUGCGGCAAUGUGGGUCGUACCGAAGCAGCCAAAAGUUCGGCACGCUGGGAAAAGCCAUGGUCCUAUUCAUGUCGAGGAACAUGUGCUCUCGUGAAUGGCAGCGGCGCGGGCCAUAA